GCAGACCUUAAAACCUUCCUACAAAUGACUAUUUACCUCCGAUACGAACGGCCGCAACAAAACAUCAUAGCUGACUUCGUUUCGCUCGACAGUCGGUGCAUAUAAAGAGGGGAGAAAUAACGGUGAGGAUUAACGCAGAGGCGUAAAAAAAAAAAAAGGGACUUGAAUACCAGCUCCGGAUUACCCACUCGCUGAAAAAGGGAAAACAGGGAUGAGGUGACCGCCAGGAAACGGAGGAAAAGUGGUCGAAGUAAAGGACACCAACGGUUCUUCGCGUAUAUUUCAAUGGUUGUCGUGGAAACUUCGCCGUCAAUGCAGUUUUAAAUCGGCGUUCGGAUUAGUCGAAUUUCACCCAUAAUUACAUUUUACACCGAGCAAACCCCGCAUCAGUUAGUUCAUUUCCGAGAGAAUUCACGGGAUAUUUAACACUAUCGGUUGGUUGUGUCGAUGCCAACGGUAGACUGCAGGUUGCUCCAUCAUGGCCGGAUCAUGAGGUGUUUGACUUAUCUACUGCUACUUCCAGAAACACUGAAGAAGUCAAAGAAGGUCAGCAAGCUCCCGGGCAGGCUGCCGUUAUGUUAUGAGAUCCUGACACUGUCCCUGACCAGCAAGAAGAAGAAGCAGCAGCAGGAAGAGGAGCAGGAGAAGAUGGCUGCGGAGUUGUACCCCGCCGCCAACACCAACCUGUCCUCCAGCGGCACCACGGUGGCGGACACCGAGAAGCUCAAGGAGGUGCCGGUGAGCCAGGCGGGGAGCAGCGCGGCGACCACCCCGACCACCCAGCAAAACAUCAACAAUAACAACAUAGACCCCCCGAGCUGGCCGUGCAGCCACCCCACACUCCGAGAGAGGAAUGCCUUGAUGUUUAACAAUGAGCUGAUGGCUGAUGUCCACUUCAUUGUUGGCCCCUUGGGGGGGUCUGAGAAGGUUCCAGCACACAAGUAUGUGCUGGCCGUGGGAAGCUCCGUCUUCUGUGCCAUGUUUUACGGCGAUCUGGCAGAGGAGGAUUCUGAGAUCCAUAUCCCAGAUGUGGAACCUGCUGCUUUUCUAAUUCUGCUGAAGUACAUGUACAGCGAUGAGAUCGACCUGGAAGCAGACACGGUGCUGGCCACCCUGUAUGCCGCCAAGAAGUACAUAGUUCCUGCACUGGCCAAGGCCUGCGUCACUUUCCUGGAAACGAGCCUGGAGGCCAAGAACGCCUGCGUGCUGCUCUCCCAGAGCCGCCUGUUCGAGGAGCCCGAGCUGACGCAGCGCUGCUGGGAGGUGAUUGACGCUCAGGCUGAACUGGCACUCUGUUCGGAGGGCUUCUGCGAGAUCGACCUGCAGACGCUUGAGAUCAUCCUGCGGAGGGAGACGCUCAACACCAAGGAGGUGGUGGUGUUUGAGGCGGUCAUGAACUGGGCCACAGCAGAGUGCAAGAGACAAGGUUUGGGGCCCACAACCCGCAACAAAAGAGAAGUCCUGGGCAAGGCUCUGUUCUUAGUGCACAUCCCCUCCAUGAGCCUGGAGGAGUUUGCUGACGGGGCGGCGCAAUGUGAUAUCCUGACACUGGAGGAGACGCACAAUGUGUUCCUGUGGUACACUGCAGCGAAAAAGCCAGAUUUGGAAUUCCCUCUGACGGAGAGGGAGGGCUUGGCGCCUCAGAGGUGCCACCGCUUCCAGUCCUCGGCCUACCGGAGCAACCAGUGGCGCUACCGCGGCCGCUGCGACAGCAUUCAGUUUGCGGUGGACAAGAGGAUGUUUAUCGCGGGUCUCGGGCUGUACGGAUCAAGCGGCGGUAAAGCGGAGUACAUCGUCAAAAUCGAACUUAAGAGACAAGGGGUGACCCUGGCGCAGAACAUGACAAAGUUUGUGUCGGAUGGGUCGAGCAGCACGUUCCCCGUGUGGUUCGAGCAUCCUGUUCAGGUGGAGCAGGACGCCUUCUACACGGUGAGCGCCGUGCUGGACGGGAACGAACUGAGCUAUUUUGGCCAGGAGGGCAUGACGGAAGUGCAGUGCGGGAAGGUGACAUUUCAAUUCCAGUGCUCCUCCGACAGCACCAACGGGACCGGAGUACAGGGAGGACAGAUCCCAGAGCUGGUGUUCUAUGCGUAAGCUGCUCUGGACUGCAGAUGGAACAUUAGGUUUAUCCUGCCUCCCAGCCUUUAAAGUAAUGUAGCAUAAAAGACACUUGACUAAUGUCACACUAAAUGGCCUGGUUAGUUCUCAGAGAGACUAUUUUAAAGAGUCAAGGAGCUGUUGUUUUAUCUUAUUUAAUUUAAUCUUAUUUUUGUAUUUAAAUACUGGGUUAACGUUAUUUGCUCUGAUGGCUGUGUUGAAAGGCUGCGGCUGCUGUAGAAACAACAUUAAAAGAGUGAUGUGUUGUUAUGUAAUCAAGCUGAGCGCCACGACUGGAACAAGUUGGGACUGCUUCAAAUUGUGAAAUUGCAAGUCUACACCAUGUUGUUACUAUAGUCUAAGCAGCAAUGUUUCACCAGGAGCAACUUUAUGUAGUGUUAUGAUUCUAAAUGCAAAAAAAAGUAGAAAUCUUGUCAAACAGAGUUGUUUUGCACUUCAGAGGACGGCCUCAGAAACAUUGUGUCUUUUGUAAAAUACGAUUUAAAUGUUAACAGCUUGAUGCUGUUAGAGAUGACAGAUGUGUUCUGUAUAAGAAUGCUUAUACACCUGAUGAUAAAACAUAACGGUUAUAAUGUGA